AUGUCCUCAAAGACCAAGUACCAACCAGCGCCCCAAAGCGACCCAGAUGAUUACACCCACGCGCCCCCCGCCUACGCCGAGGGCUCUGCAUCUCGCGAUGAGACACAAGGUCUUUUCGGCGCGCCCCGCGAUAGCGAGGAUAAUCUCCCUGAUGAUUUCAAGUUUGGUGGCUCCGUAGCUGAGGCUACUGUCGAUAUCCGCAACCAGUUUGUCCGCAAGGUCUACACCAUUCUCACUGUUCAGCUCCUUGCCACCGCUGGAGUGAGCAGCCUCACAUUCUUCAGCACUGGCUACAAGGACUGGAUCCAGGGCCAUCCUGGUGUCGUUUGGGCCUCGCUCUUUGGUUCCAUGAUCUUUAUGGGUCUCACCUACUGGAAGCGCAAGUCGUACCCUACCAACCUUCUCUUCCUCUCACUCUUUACUCUUGCCGAAGCCUACACCAUUUCCGUUAUAGUGUCCUUCUACAAGACGUCUAUCGUACUCAAUGCUGUCGUUCUUACUGCCGGAAUCUUCGUCUUCCUCACUCUUUUCGCCUGCCAGACCAAGUAUGACUUCACCUCGUGGAUGCCGUACCUCUUCGGCGCCCUCUGGGGUCUCGUCAUUUUCGGCUUCAUGGCGAUGUUCUUCCCCUACAGUUCCACCGGUGAACUCAUCUAUGGCGGCCUCGCAGCUCUUAUUUUCAGUGGCUACAUCCUUGUCGACACGCAGCUUGUCUUGCGCCAUCACCAUGUCGAGGAGGAAAUUGCUGCCGCCAUUAGCCUUUACCUCGACAUCAUCAACCUCUUCCUCGCCAUUCUGCGCAUUCUCAACAGCCAGUCUAACAACUAA